ACCUGUGCAAGACUGAAGGGGAGGAGCUGUUACACCUGUGCAAGACUGAAGGGGAGGAGCUGGUACACCUGUGCAAGACUGAAGGGGAGGAGCCGGUACAACCUGUGCAAGACUGAAGGGGAGGAGCCGGUACACCUGUGCAAGACUGAAGGGGAGGAGCCGGGACACCUGUGCAAGACUGAAUGGGAGGAGCCGGUACACCUGUGCAAGACUGACUGUGCAAGACUGAAUGGGAGGAGCCGGUACACCUGUGCAAGACUGAAGGGGAGGAGCCGG